AUGGAUGUUGGUUCAUCUAAGCUAUACCAGGAGCCUGGCUUUAAGUCAAGAGUAUUUCUUGAUACAUUUUUCUCCCUGAACACGGACAAGUCACUACAAGAAGAGACAUUGAUGUUUCCAAUGAAACAGAUGCACAAAGCAUUGCUCUCAGGUACAGUAAGUAUAUGUAUCAUUGUAAUGUUAUGUUUCAUGAGCAUGAUUGAUUUUACAAACAUCCUUUAAUCAAGUCGUGAUCUGCCAACCUUUUGAUCUCAGGAUAGUUUUGUUAAUGGGUGUGCUACCACGGUCAAUCCUAAAAUCAAAGUUCUAAUUUAAACAUUGGUAACAGAAGAAUGUUGGGUACAGACAAGGUGCCCACAGACUUUCCACGGGGCUGCCUUUCAGUCAGCAAUGAAUUCAAAUGUGGGGGAGUACAUUUCUUUUGAAAAAAAAUACACCCAUAAUAUUUUUUUUAAUUAUCUGCUGUUUGAUACAUUAAAUAUUGAUCAGUUGCAAAGAAAAAGAGCUAUACUACUUUGCAUUAUUAAUUAUAUGUGCGUGACAUCACAGCACACUGUGUCAUCUGAUAUUACUUAACAUCUUAGGGAGUGAUAGAGAAAAAAACAUUUGGAAGGGGAAUAUUCUCUAAAUCAGUAAUAAAAUACUUACAAUGUGUCUGACUGCCUGUGUGGCAUCGUGUAAGUGUUGCAGAACGUAUGUAUACUGUCCGAAUGAGUAUUUGUAUAGCAGUGGGUCAUUGUCUAACUGUGUGUAUUGCACUGUAUGCAUACUGUUGUCUAAAUGUUUGUCAUUGUGUAUAUACUUUGUCUAACUGUGUAUAUCAAAGUGUGUGCAUACUCUGCCCUAGUGUGCGUGUCAUUGUGUGUAUAUUAUUGUGAGUGUAACAGUGCAUGUCACUGCAUGUUUUCUGUGUCUGUGCUGGUGGGUAGACAGCUUUGAUUAGUCACUGUUAGCCAUUUUGAUGGACAGAAUUAUCACUAAAACACACGGUAGGCUGUGAGUAUCCCAUUAUCUGUUUGUUUUUCUUUAUAAGUAAUUUAACAAAAAUAAAUAAAUGAGUUUGCCAUUGUGGAAAUGUAUAUUACUUUACAUUUGAGUCCUGCACUUUGUACAAAAACAACUAUAUUAGCACAUAAUUAAUAAUACUCAAAAGGAGCAACCAAUCAGAAGAAUGAAUGCAGGGGUAUGCAGAUAGAUUUUUAUCAUCUAAUACAUAUACAAUUCCAAAAUUCAGCCUUUUUCCUAGCCUAGAAAACACGUGCCAGUAUACAUAUUGAAUAAAAUAAAAUAUAUAAUAAUUUUUUGCUAAUUUUGGAUUUUCUUCUACAGGUCUUAUUGGUGGGGACACCUUGAUUGAUGUCACUCUGGGCCCAAUCAUUCAUCAUCUGUUACCAAUCUGCACGUUUUUUAAAAACAUCAUUAUAUUAGAAUUUAAUGAGGAAUGUGUCAAGGAAAUGGAAAAAUGGCUGAACACGGAAACGGAAGCGUUUGAUUGGUCUCAUGCAUCACAGUUCAUAACAGAGUUGGGAGGCAACAGGUUGAGUAUAUGUCAAAUGUCCUGCAAAUUGUUAACACUGUUAAUCUCAUAAAAGCUAUAAUGUAAAAGUCUACUUUAAAUGUAAAAUGUAAACUACAUAUGUUUAAUAUAGCUCAGUAAUACCUAACUUUUUCAACACAGAAUUUACAAUUUGUAUUUGUCUGGAUUAAGACAUUUUUCUCUAUCUCUCUUUCUUCUUCCAUCUCUGCGCGACAGUAUUUAAACAGAAUGGCCCUUUGAGGACUUUGUGAGAUUAUUGAGGCAUGGCACUGGCAAAUGCAUAUUCUAGCUGAUAAAAAACAAAAUUAGAGCAUACCUAGUCUAAAAAAUAUGCUAUCAUUUCUCCAUGUAGGACAAGUAACUGGGAAGUCAAUUUCCUAACAAUUUUAUUGUUUCAUCAGUGUUUUAUUUGUAUUUUGCAGAGUUCACUGGCUGGAACAAGAACAUAUGCUAAAAAAGACUAUUAAACACAUAGUGAAAUGUGACCUUGCAAAGGAAAAUAUUACAGAUCCUGUGAUUCUACCAAAAGCUGACUGCCUGCUUAUUGUGGGGGGUUUAGACGUGGUGAGCAAAGACCAUGAAAGCUAUCGCCAAAAUCUGGGAAAAUUAUCCUCUUUCCUGAAACCUGGAGGUCACCUUAUAUUAUUUGGGGCUUUAAACGCCACUUUUUAUCAGGUCGGUGAACACAGGUGCCACGUUUUGACAGCAGAUGAGCCUUUUUUACGCCAGGCUCUAACUGAUGAAGGUUACACAAUAGAAUGUUUUGAAGCUCUUGAGAGAAAAGCAGAAAGUUCGCUUCUAGAUGCUCAACACUUCGUGUUUAUCCUGGCAACCAAGGCGAAGUUAACUCAAGAAGAAACAGCUCCAGUACCAAUGCUAAGUGCUCAGAACUUUCCGAUUUAAAAUAUUAGUCAAUGGAGAUCUUGUUUUUAAAUAACAUGUUCCUGACUUUUCUUCUUAUAUUUACAUAAUGUAGGAUUAAGGGGACACUCCAGGCACCCAGACCACUUCUGCCCAUUGGAGUGGUCUGGGUGCCAACUCCCACUACUCUUAACCCUGCAACUGUAAUUAUUGCAGUUUUUUAUAAACUGCAAUAAUUACCUUGCAGGGUUAACGCCUCCUCUAGUGACUGUCUACUAGACAGCCACUAGAGGGCACUUCCUGGAUCAUAGCACAGGAAACCUGUGCUAGAGCAUCGCUGGACAUCCUCACGCUGUGUGAGGACCUCCAGCGUUGCUCAUUUCCCCAUAGGAAAGCAUUGAAAUGCAUUUUCAAUGCUUUCCUAUGGGGAGCGCUAAUGCGCAUGCGCUGCAUUGCCGCGCAUGCGCAUUAGGUCUCCCCAGCCAGUGGGCGGGAUCAGUCUCGUCCACCGGCCGACGUAUUACAGAGGAGGAGCGGUGGCAGAGGGAGAAGCAGUGACAUGGGACAUCGUCGCUGCCUCUGGUAAUUUACUUGUGGGGUUUUCACCCCUUCAGCAACUGGGGAUUGGGGGUUGGGAGGCAGAGGGCACCUGUAGUGCAAGGAAAACGGAUUGUUUUCCUGGCACUGGAGUUUCCCUUUAAGCUAAAUAAAAGAUAAACAAUUUAAUAAAUACGGUUGUCUAAAUGAAAAUGUUUAAUUUCUUUUUGUCCUGCUUCUCCCACUAUAGAUGGAAUCAGCACACAAAAGAUAUACAUUUAUAGUUUUAAGUAGUCUUCACUCCUGUUUUGGAGCCAGUGGUGUAAGCUACUUAGUGAAGAGGUGUGAUGACAAAAUUACCCUAGAAAACCCUUACUUGUUGUAACUACCUGCUUUUAAAUACACUUCUUAUAAGAAAUUGGCAUAUUCACAUACUUAGUGUCUCUAGACCAGGGGUCCUCAAACUCCAGCCCCCCAGAUGUUGCUGAAAUACAACUCCCAUAAUUCUCUGGCUAUCUAUGUAAUUCAAAGAAUCAUGGGAGUUGUAGGUCAGCAACAUCUGGGGGGCCAGAGUUUGAGGACUCCUGCUCUAGGCAAUGAAUAUAAACAUUAAUGAAUUGCAUGAAAAACAGCAGCAGCGGGUGAGCUUGUUACUAGCUGAGUUACAGUUUGUUGUCUCUUAUAUCACCUGCAAAAAAACACUACCUGUAUUAAUGUGUUAUAAUUUUACUUUUUUUUUUUAAUCAUGUAUAAUAUUACUCAUUAUACUACAGCUAGGCUAUGGUAUUAUUGAUGAUUCUCAGUACAGCCUCAUCUUAAUUCAUCCUUCUGAAAUACAAACAUUUACUAAUAAAAAGAUUAACUUGAAAUAUUAUAUCUUGAGUUUUGUUUUGUUUUUCACCAAAAUGAACCAUUGGGUCACCAAUAUUUUAUUGGUGUUAAAAUAACAAAUUUGAGCAACCCAAAUUUUGAAGUGCUCAAAAGAUUUUCAUAUUGAUUUAAUAAGGGACUUUGCCACCCUUGGUCCUUGAUUGCACCAUUGGGGCUUUUGUUUCAAUUGUGGAAGUGUGCAGUCUUUUUUGUGUAAAUCACUACAUCAAAUUUUGUUUGUAACAAUAUAUCUGUAUUUUAACUACAUGGAAUGCUGCUUGUUCUAGCUACAUGCACAUGUAAGACCGAGUUUCUGGGUAUCAUCAGUUGACAAAACAUAACAAAUUAUGGAUAAUAAGCUAAUGCCAAAAGCUGAGCUUUCUCAUAGUCGGCACGCUCACAAGUAAUCGCUUAUCGACUUUUUGCCUGUGAUUAAUAAAAAAAGUAAAUGUAAUAAAAAAAAAUGGAAGUUCCACAGGGCCCCAGCAACAUAACUUCAUUACCCUCACAUCUGCAUGUGUAGUAUUUAAAGGGUUAAAAAUAAAUUACUGGAAGAAAGUUAGUGAACCUUGUCUCAACAAGAUUUGAGCCUCAUACUCUCUCUUAUUCCAAACCUUCAUGGUUUAUUUUAUUUUUUGGAGAAAUUAAGCUUUCAUAUGCCCAUCUAUUCAUUCUCUGUCACAUCUUCCAGAUAUCAUGCCAGGGAGACAUUAAUCAAUCACUUGAUCAACAUGUAUGUAUAAAUUGUACCAUUGGCCCAUGCUAAUGAGUUCUUAGAACGUACAUACUCAGUCCAACUUCCAAGAUGAGAAUUCUGAAAGAAGAGUAAGAUGAGCAUUAAGGUGAAAUAAUCAACACUGCUGGUAUCUCCAGGAGGGGAGCAGUGGCUUUUGACUAGGUUAGUUCCUUGCCCAUUAUAAUCAUUAUCUCCAGAUGUAUCUGGACCUUCGAUGACAAUAGUUGUGGCCCUAGCUACAUUCGGGUUGAGAUUGCUCUCUUUUACCUGAAACCACCCUUUUCCCAAGCCAAUUUAACCAGGAAGGAAGAUAUCUCUGAGUAUGCAUACAUACAAAGUAACCAGGUAUAAGAUGUCAAACAGAAGUAAAUUGAAAAAUCAAUAAAAGUAAUAAUUAGGAUUCUUCCGCUUAUGUUAAAUGAGAUGUAAUAGUAGGGGGUAUUUCAUCACAAUAUCCAUUACUGUUUAUUUGUGCUGAGAAACUCCAAUACUGACAGUUACUAUCAGUGAGAUAUUUUAUCUGACCAAAGAGAAGUACAGCUUUAAAGCUACAUAAAAACUUUUGCAUCAUUGCAAAUGUUAUAUUGCAGAGAGUACCCUCUGUCCUGUUUAUCUCCCCGGAGUAGCUAAUGAUAUCCAGAUUGGUAGUUCAUUUGACUAGAGUCAUCUUUUAUAUCUUUCAACUAGAUUCGGUUUUUAAAAUAAUUGUGAUUGGUCCAAAUUUGGGGUGUUUGACAGGUCAUCUGAAUUCCAUAGCUCCAAAUGACAUAUGACAGAAUCAUGUAAAUCACAAAAAAAAAAAUCAAUCCUAAGUAAAACAGAUGAUUGAUAGCAAUAAAGAUGAUUGAUAAUUAGGGGACAGACACUAAAUAUUAAGUUUAUUUACAGAUCAAGUGAGAAGUGAUUCAAAAAAAGGAGUGAUAAAAAAAAAUACACAUUUAUAUAUUUAACAAAUAUAUAACAUAUAAGAAUAGAUUUUUUUUACUGCUCCUACUUUAUUUUCCAUUAGUGAUCACUUCUUCUCAAUUGAUUAGUAAACCAAAAAUUCAUAUUGUGUAUACAUUUUGUAGUACACUGUUUGGCCCAUUUUCAUGCACUUUUGGUUCAUCUAAAUCAAGCAUGUCAAACUCAAAGUCUAGCAUGAGCCACAUAAACAAAGUUUAAGUUUAUGUGGGCCGCACAAAAAAAACCUUACAUUUUCAUAGAACAACAUUGUUGUUCUAUGUACAAGACCUGUACAAGACCACAACCCCCCUGUACAAUACCCAAACCCCUUGAACAAGACCCCAAACCCCCUGCACAAGACCCCCAACACCCCUGUACAAGCCCCCCAGCCCCCCUAAAGAAGACCACAACCCCUGAAGAAGAUCCCAGCCCCCCUGAAGAAGACCACAACCCCCCUGAUAAGACCCCAGCCCCCCUGUACAAGACGCCAGCCCCCCUGUUCAAUACCCCAACCAUGGUCGUCCGCAGGAAUUUUUCCAGGGGGGGGCAUAAUUGUAAUGACAUACAUGCUUGGUACCUUUUUGACAGUGUCAUGAAAGGGAACUUUCACAUAAAUCCAUCACAUAAAGCCAGGGUGAAUAGCGUUUUCACAACUAUGGUGUCAGGAAUAUAUGUUUGUAUUCCUGACACUAUAGUGUUCCUUUAAGCAAAUUAAAGGACCAUUCUUGUUACCAUAACAACUUCACAUAAAUGAAAAUGCUGUGAUGCCAGAAAGCCCCUGGGUGCUCGCUUUCCUUUAAGGGGUUAAAUCGCUCUCAAAUGGUUUAACCCCAAAGGCUUCCUUCAGCUCCAGGUCGCUCAGUGGUAUUUGGCUUCUGAAACAGAGUGUCAGGAAGUGCAGAUUGACGUCAGGCAUGGGUGCCGCUGAUUGGCUAGAGUGGACAGUUGACGCUCUAAGCCAAUCGCUAGUUCCUGGUUCAUAAAAUAUUUUUACUUUUUUAUGAAUGGGGAGCUACUGAUUGGCUUAGAGUGCCAGCUGACCGCUCUAGCCAAUCAGCAACACCCCUACCCAAUGGCACUCUGUGCUUCCUGACACUCAGUAAAUAAAAGUGAACACAUUAAUACUGAUAUUUUUUUUACCUUUGGAGAUGAAAAGGUCCAGCGUUUCCCUGCCUGGCCCAGGUACCAAAGCCUUAUGAUGUGGUGUCCAGAAUAAAGUGGAGGGUUCACUUAAUUUGUCCUUCCUGCUCCAAUCUCCUUUUCCUCUCCUUCAUUUGACAGUUUUUUUUUUCUUCUGACACUGUUUUCUAUCCUUGGCCCCUUCUGCUCUUUUACCUUUCUGCUACUUUCUGCUUAUUUAGCGCCCUUCUGCUCCUUUCUCAUUCUGAUCCCUUUCUGCUCCUUGCAGACCCUUUCUGCUCCCUUUUCUACUUUACCUUUGUGCUCCUUCUGAUUCUUUCUGCUCCUUUACCUUUGUGCUCCUUCCUGCUCCUUGCAGGCCCUUCCUGCUCAUUCUCCUAUUUUACCUUUGUGCUCCUUCUGCCCCUUCCAGCUCAUUUCUGACCCUUUCUGCUCCUUCUACUUUACCUUUGUGCUGCUUUACCUUCCAGCUCCUUGCUGACCCUUCCUGUUCAUUUCUGUUCCUUUGUGCUCCUUCUCCUAUUUUACCUUUUGUGCUCCUUGCUGUCCCUUCCAGCUCCUUGCUGCCCCUUUCUGCUCCUUGAUGUCCCUUCCUGCUCAUUUCUGUUCCUUCUCCUUUUCUUACCUUACCUUCCUGCUCCUUGCUGACUCUUCAUGUAGGCUGUCUCCCCCAUCCCUCACUUCUAUAGGCGUGCGCACGGGGUGUGUCGGGUGUGCCUGGGCACACCCUAAUCCCCGCGGCACGCCAAUGGAUUGAGACCGGCAGGGGAGAUCUCUGGAUCUCCCCAGUCGGCUCAUGCAGAGCCGACGCUAUCCGAGCGGCGGCUCUGGUCUAAGCCUCCAUGGGCCGGUGGGGAGAUCAAAGUUCUACCUCACCGGUCCACAGCAGCAUGGAGGGAGGCAGCAGAGAACCCGGGCUAGAGUUCACUCUCCACUGAACCACCAGGGAAGGCAGCAGGACUGGGAUAUUAACUAAUCUGCCCCCACCUCCACCCAAACAUACAGCACACACACACAGCACCUACACACAGCACACACAGCCCACAAACAGCACCCACACACAUACAUCACCCUCGCACACACAGCACCCACACACAUACAACACCCACACACACCCAGCACACUAACAGCAUCCUCACAAACACACAAAACCCACACACAACACCCGCACAGCACCCACACACAAACAGCACACACACACACAAACAGCACCCUGAAAAACACACAACACCCACACACAGCACACAAGCAGGACCCGAACAAACACGCAAACACAAACACCCUCUCACACACACACACACACACACAGCACACUACCAGUUCCCUCACACACACACACACACACACACACAGCAGUGUGUGUGCAUAUAUAUAUGUAUAUAUAUACACACACACAUACAUAUACACAUGGCGUGUGUUUGUGCUUUAGGGUGCACACCCUAAUGCAAUAGGCUGCGCAUGCCUAUGCUCACUUUCCUAAUCUAUAGGCUGCCCCCCCAUCCUCACUCCCCUAAUCUAUAGGCUGCUGCCCCCCCAAGCCUCACUCCCUAAUCUAUAGGCUGCUGCCCCAGCUCACUCCCACCUAUAGGCUGCUGCCCUCACCUACCUAUAGGCUGCCCCAUCCACUCCCUACUAUAUAGGCGCUGCCCCCAGCCUCACUCUCUAAUCUAUAGGCUGCCCCCCCUCACUCAGGGGCGUAUUAGCCGCGAGGCAAGCAAGGUAUUUGCCUUGGGCGGCAUUUUUCAGGGGGCGGCAAAAAACGCUGCCCCCCAAAUGCCCAGGCAAAUGCUUUGUUAGCCUCGCAGCUAACUGACCGGCCGGGCGGCGCUGGGCUGGGCAGGCGGCUGCUUUUCCCCUGAGCGUCCGGUCAGCCCCUCGCCAGCGCCCAGCCCAGCCCGGCAACCACUGGACCACCAGGGAGGUAAUGAACCCCCCUCCCCCUCCCAGCACUCCCAAAGGUAAGGGGGGGGGUAAAUAAAAAUAAAUUAAAAAAUGUGUUAAUGUGAGUGAGUGUGUGUCUGUUAAUGUGUGUGUUUUGUUAGUGUGUGUGUGUCUGACUGUGUGAGUGUGUGUCUGACUGUGUUUGUCUGUUAGUGUGUAUGUGUGUGUCUGACUGUGUGUCAGUGAGUGUGUGUUUGCCUGUGAGUGUGUGUGUGUGUCUGACUGUGUCUGUUAGUGUGUAUGUGUGUGUCUGACUGUGUGUCAGUGAGUGUGUGUUUGCCUGUGAGUGUGUGUCUGUUAGUGUGUGUGUGUCAGUGGGUGUGUGUCUGUUAAUGUGUUUGUGUUUGUUAGUGUGUGUGUGUGUCUGCUAGUGAGUGAGUGUGUGUCAGUGUGUGUGUGUAGUGUGUAUGUGUGUGUCUGACUGUGUGUCAGUGAGUGUGUGUGCCUGACUGUGUGAGUGUGUUUGCCUGUGAGUGCGUGUGUCAGUGAGUGUGUGUCUGUUAAUGUGUUUCUGUUAGUGAGUGUAUGCGUAUCUGUCAGUGAAUGUAUGUGUGUGUGUGUAUUUAGAAGGCGGGUUGGGGGGGAGGGUUGGUGCGCGGGGGGGGCGCGUGAGUUUUGUCCUGCCUAGGGCAGCACAAAACCAGGAUACCCCACUGCCCUCACUCCCCUAAUCUAUAGGAUGCCCCCCCUCACUCUCUAAUCUAUAGGCUGCUGCCCCCCCUCACUCCCUAAUCUAUAGGCUGCUGCCCUCCUUCACUCCCUAAUCUAUAGGCUGCUGCCCCCCUCACUCCCUAAUCUAUAGGCUGCUGCCCCCCCAAAAAAAAUCUAUAGGCUAUAUCAAACCCUCCCCCUAUCCCUCACUUACCUGGUCUGUAGGCUGUCUCCCCUUCAGUUUCAAUCAGCAGAGAGAAGUAGGGAUAGAUGCAGCUUCCUAUCCCUGUCUCUCUCCAUACAAAGCGCCACCUACUGGCCGGCGCCGGUAUUGCAGUUCAUUUUAAAUCUCACACGAAAAAUAUCAGAACAAGCUGAAAAAUCCAGGGGGCAAGUGCACCCCCUUCCCCCUCUGGGGCGCCAUGACCCCCAACCCCUGUACAGGACUCCAGGCCCCUGUACAUGACCCCAACCCCCUGUACAAGAUCCCAGCCCCUAACCCCAGCCCCUUACAAGACCCCAGCCCCUCUGUACAAGCUCCCAGCCCCCUGUACAUGACCCCAGCCCCCCUGUACAACACCCCCUACCCCCCUGUAGAAGACCCUAUUCCCUGUUAAAGAAAAUAAAACAUCAACAACAACAAAAAAAAAAAACAAUAUUAGCAUUAACCCCUUAAGGACACAUGACGGAAAUAUUCCGUCACGAUUCCCUUUUAUUCCAGAAGUUGUGUCUGCGCGCCUCUGCCCGCCUCCAUUUACUCGUGGACCGCCUCCGCCUGCCUCCAUUUACACGUAGACUGCCUCCGCCCGCCUCAAUUCUGUCAUGGACCGCCCGCCAGCAACAAUAUUCAUUGUGGGUCGCAUGCGGCCUGCGGCCCGCGAGUUUGACACCCAUGAUCUAAAUCACUUUCCAGAAUCAUUCUCGGGAUGAGACUUGGGGUGAGACUUCCAGUAAUAAAUGGAAAAAUGUAUCCCUUGGGCUUUUUGAGCACCCACUUUGAGCUCUAGCCAAGGUCAGUCCCCUCCCUGAUGACACUCAUGGAGCUUGUCAAGGGGUUAUGCAAUAAGCCUCCUCCAUUUCUGUGAGGGUCUGCUCAUGGCCACUCUUGUCUAUAAAUUCCUGUAAUUUUAGGAACUAUAAAAGAUGGUACGUAUUUUGCAUUAUAUGUAUGUUGCUUUAAUUUCUGAAAUCAUUGCUUUCAAUUAGAUAAAUUAAUGUUAGCUCUUACGUUUAUUCAGCUAUGAAUAAAAAAAUAAUUCACAGAAAAUAAACAAUUUGUUUCUUGGAAAUGGUUAUUCAUUAACGGUUAGGCAUACAUUCCUAUGUAGUUAAAAAGUAAAUUGUAUUCCAGCCAAGAUAUGCAAGGACAUUUGCUCUCAAAAAGUCACAAAAUCUGUGAAGGAAAAAAAUGUACUUAAAUGAUAGAGAAGGGAUUCAUGGUCAAACAUAUAUUUUUUUUUAAUGAUUUUUUGUUUUCCAGUGAACAGAGACUUGAAAAAGCUGAAAAUUAUUCACUUAUUAUAUCAUUAAUUGGAUUGAUUAGAGACAAGGUUAUUCACUAAUCUCCAACUAGAUUAUAGUUUUCAAACAACUCCUCAAAUUUGACAGAUUGUUAAUAAAGUCGAUUCAGAGGUUAAUUCAAGGAAUCAAAGUGUGUCCGUCUGAUUCAUAGCAUUGUCUGCUAAAAUAAUAAGGGAUAUAAUAAUCCAAAUGUUGUUUAUGUUUUGUAUUGUAAUAAGACCUGGCCAGCAGUCCUCUCUCACUACAGGUAAAGGGGUUGCAAGGAAGUAUGAUUAAAUGGUGUCCUCUGGACUUUCAGUUUAAUUGAUUUAAAGCCCCCAUCAAGGAGAAGGUGAGAUUAGGUUGAGAUAUGUUCUACUGACUCCUCCAAAUAGUUGCUAUUAAAAAUAUUGCAAACUUUCCAAAUCACAAGUGCAGGUAUUAAGGUAAUAUUGUUCAGAGUUUGUGAUUAUCUAUGUAGUCUGAGAAAACUUGCAUUUGCUUUAGAGGGUUCAGUGGAACCUUAGGAAUGAGCAACCAUCCACACAAAAAAAGAAAGAAUUGUAACUAUAUAUAUUAAGGUAUUAUUAGUUAAAGGCACACCAUAGUCACCAGAACCACUACAGCUUAAUGCAGGGUUGGAAAUAAAAACCUCCAUUUAUCAAAAUAUGCAUAUGGAUUUGGAAUAGUACACAAGUGACUUUCUUUCUUUGGUUUUUAUUGUGAAUUGGGUAUUGGGGUUUAUGUGUCCCAUGGUCAUUGCUGCCACCCAGGAGUAGUGGGAGUCUAAGUGCAGGACUUUUUUUUGUGUAUUUGCUUUUUUUUAUAUAGAUCACAGCCAUGUUACAAUGCUGCUACCCAUCCCAUGUGUAGUAUGUAGGGGGUUACAAAAUAUCCCUUUCUGUCUCAUUAGAGGUUUUUUUGCCUGAAGCUGAAGCAAAAAAGGUGAAUUGUUAUUGUAGAACCCACUUAAGAGGUUUGCCUUGACGUAUAAGGUGGGCUUACAAAAAAAAAAAAACACCUGCUCAAACAAGCUUACAGUCUAUAUUAGGUGGGGUAUAAAACACAAUAGGAUAGGAGAUAGAAAUCAAAUAAGGUGGGAAUGACGCAGACCUUGAGGGGAGAGUAGAGUGCUGCCCUUUAGGAGUGAGCAAGGGACUGUUGUGUGAGACUGAUGUUUUUCUGGGAGGCCAUAAACUAUCCUAAAGAGAUGGGUUUUAAGGCACUUCUUGACUGAUUCAAGACUAGGGGAGAGUCUGAUGGUGGUAUACAGGCUAUUAGAUAGGAAGGGAGUCCAACAAGUGUGAGUUGACUCUACGGGUGCGAGCAGCGGACAGGAGAAUGCCAUGGGCAGAGCGGAGAGACCGAGAAGGGGCAUACCUAUGGAGCUGUGAAGAGAUAUAAGAGAGGCUAGAAUUGUUUAAUGCUUUAUAGGUAUUGAUUAGUACUUUGAAUUGACUGUAUCUGCCGACUUGACAGUCUCAACCAAUCCAAUCCAAUAUUUAGUGCCUAUGGGAAGUUUUUGUGAUUGGCUUUGAUCAACUCUUCUGAUGGUGCCAUCCAAGCAGACAAAUCAGGGGCAGAGCCAGCAGCAGGGGCGCAAGAUAGUAUUUUAACACUACAGUGUAAGGAAUACAUGUUUGUGUUCCUGAUCCUGUAGUGUUCCUUUAAGUCAUGCUAAGGAACCAUUGUGACAGAUUCAUCUGCAUUGUUGGUUCGUCUGUUUCCUUUUUGUUCGCGGAAUUGCCCGUUCCUAUAACCCCGUUCGUGUAGUUGCAAAAUACCGAUGGAAACUACCGAACGAACGACCACCCAGGAGAGGAGUGUGCUGCUGGUUAACCUUCUGGCCCCAAUUAGAACGUUGUGGUUAACCGCAGACACCUCUCCAUUCCAUUCGUACGGGUGGUCGUCGUUCGCAUGUCGACCACGAGGCAGCGGCCAUUUUGGGACAUACGAACACAGAGCGGUGUUCGGUACAAACUGUAUGGAACUAAAAACGGACACUUAAACUACCGAACACCGCUGAAAAGCUGCUGCCUACCUCCCUUUUCGACAAGGCAUGCGAACGUCGGUCGUUCGGGAGUUUUAUGCAUUCAUAUGGACUUUCACCCCGACAGCCAUCCCAUGGAGUCAUUCGUAUACCGAAGGACUGGUGCAGGACUUUGACUCCAUGGCGAUUCGACUGGAUACAUCGGAUCUGAGCGCUAUUCGGUGAAAACAUGCCCUCAGAUCCAGGCUGUCUGGGGAUACGUUACACGAACCAUAUGCAUUCGGUAUUGCUGUAGUUAUGUAUUUUAAUGUCUUUUUGUUACUGUAAUUUAAGAUGGCGAUGGUCUCUACCUUGGGAGAUAAUUAGGUUUCUUCCCCAAUUAUCUCCAAGGUAAAGAAGACGGAAUUGUGGGCAAGAUGGGAAGGGCUAUUAUUGAAGCCACUGCGAUUGGCUACUGUCCAAUAUGUGUUACAGUCUUCCACAAGGUCCCCUCGGGGAGUGUCCACCUUGUGGAGACCUGCAUAAAUACCGGGCAGGUAGCCCCCAUUAAACAGAACUUCAUUUGACCCUCAAGACGGAGCUUGGUCUCGUUUGUGGGGGAAUUAUUACUGGGACAGCGCUUUCGUUAUUUCUAGCUGUGGAAGGCGUUCGACUGUUUGGCUGAUCGGGAGUUGCCGUGUUCGUGGACUUCGUUCGGGAGUUUAGUGAUCGGCGGGAUUUAAACUGCAUUUCUGGAGAAAGGGGAUUAUUGCCUAAACGGCGGCUUCAUCUACUCGACAGUACGUGUCGUAACAAUUGGUGGCAAGCGACGGGAUGAAUCCUACAGCCCGGAAGGCCAGCUACACAUCCCAGGUUGGAAAUGCAGUAUGAGGAAUUAAGGCGUGCUACCCUUAAAGAUAUAUUGGAACGCAGAGGACGAUCAGCGAGUAAUCUCAAGAAAAGAGAGAUUAUUGCCAUACUAUUGGAAAUGGAUGCAGCACAAGGAACGGGGGGAGCGGAUGUGCCUGGCAUACUGGAGUUAACACCCGAGGAGAUACAGUUUAACCGGGCAGUUCAGAUCAGGCUGGCACAUUUUGGCCCCAACCCCGCAGCAGAUAUUGUGGUGCAAGUGCAAGCGGCAGUAGCAGCACAACAGGCGCUUCAAGGAAGAGGCGCUGCAGCAGCUGAGGUACCGUAUAAUAAUAAUGGAAGGAGAAAAGUACCUUUUGCUGCAUUUCGGAACUUUGUAGAAGCCGAAGGAGAAAUUGAUGGGUUCCUGGCGGAUUUUGAAAGGCAAUGUGCCUUGCACCAGGUACCCGCAGGAGAAUGGGUCCCCAUCCUCUCUGGGAAGUUAUCCGGCCGGGCCAGUGAGGCGUUUCGGGCCAUCCCAGAGGAGGAACUUACCAGCUACAGGGCAGUGAAAGAUGCCCUUUUGGCCAGAUACGCUGUGACCCCUGAGGCAUACCGGCGGCGAUUCCGGGACACUAACAAGCAGGCUGGUGAUUCUUAUGUUGAGUGGGCAUGCCGAGUACACCGCACCGCAGCCCACUGGAUGGCAGGGUGCCAAGCGGUAACUGGGGAAGAGGUGCUGCAAGUAUUUUUGUUGGAGCACUGUUUUGACCGCUUACCUGUAGGAGUCAGAGAGUGGGUUAGGGACCGCAAACCCGCUACCUUACCUGAAGCUGCUCGUCUGGCUGAUGAGUACACUGACGCCAGGAAACUGGACCAGACAGCAGCCAAGGUCCCUACCCGAGUGGAGUACAAACCAGCAGCCCCUCCAACCUCUGCAGUGUAUCAACACCCAGCACAACGCACCCCCACCAUGCCAACAGCGAACAAUUACGUUCAGCCAGCCCGAUUCAACGCCCGGGAUUACUCACAGCCGAUCCGUUGCUAUGGGUGUAAGCAGUUGGGGCACAAGCGACCCGAGUGCCCAUUAAACAAUUCGAACCAAGCACAGUCGUGGAGAAGACCAGCCGGCGGAAAUCAGCAGCCACCCCCACCUUCCGCUCACUGUCUUGAGCAGGAGGAAUUUUGGGGUAUAUUACACGAGGUGGAUCCAGUACAAGCAGCGCAGCAGGAUAACCGUCAACAGCACAGGCAGACCGUUAAACUAAAUGGCAAAGCGGUAACUGGUCUGAGAGACACCGGAGCCACUAUGACCUUGCUCCAGAAGAACCUUGUGUCCGAACACCAGCACACUGGAGAUACUGUGGCAGUGAGGGUGGCGGGAGGUGCAGUGUUCCGCUUACCGGUUGCCCGGGUUCACUUGGAUUGGGGGGUGGGCUCUGGACACGUGAAUGUGGGGGUCAUGAAAGACUUACCGGCUGAUGUUUUACUGGGGAACGACUUGGCCCCUUUGGUGUCCGCCUAUGCUCCAAUGGGACCUGCCGCUAUCAACCCAGUGACUACCCGUGCCCAGACCCGUGCUGCUGGAACCAGCCCACCUGCUGCUGAGACCCAGGUAAGGACCGAGUCCCCGACUGGUACACUAGAACCGACCUUUGUUAACUGGGACUCCCCAGAGGAGUUUGGGAGGGAAACUCAGACAGACUCGACCCUCCAGAAGUAUAGGGACAGAGCAGAUACUGGAGAGGAAGGAUUAGAUGGGGAACGGUAUGAGUGGGUGGGGGACAGGUUAUAUAGGAUCCCCAAGCUUUCCCCGAAGAGUGUUGCCCCUCCGCCGAAUCGACAGCUGGUAGUGCCCGCGAAAUACCGGCAGGAGAUUCUGCGGAUAGGGCAUGAUGUUCCGUUAGCUGGACAUCUAGGUUCCCGCCGCACAGCCUAUAGGAUCAUGCAGAACUUUUUUUGGCCAAACUUCAAUCAGGCUGUGCGGACAUACUGCAGUACGUGUGACACAUGUCAACGGAUAGGAAAGCGGGGGGACCACCCAAGAGCUAGGCUUAUGUCUAUGCCUAUCAUUGGGGAGCCCUUUGCCCGCAUAGCCGUUGACAUUGUGGGUCCACUGGCCAGGGCUAGUCCAUCCGGUAAGAAAUAUAUUCUCACCGUGGUGGAUUAUGCCACUCGCUAUCCAGAGGCAGUAGCGCUGUCUAAUAUAGAGGCAGAGACAGUUGCUGAUGCCCUGGUUAGGAUUUUUACCAGAGUCGGGUUCCCUCAAGAGAUUCUCUCUGACCAGGGAACCCAAUUCACCGCUGUGCUCACCCAGCAACUGUGGAAGGUGUGCGGUAUUAAACCGCUGCUUAGCUCACCUUACCAUCCACAGACUAACGGUCUCUGCGAGCGAUUUAAUGGCACCCUCAAACAAAUGCUGAGGACCUUUUCUGACACUUGCAGAGACUGGGAGCGAUUCCUGCCUCAUCUGCUGUUUGCCUACAGAGAGGUGCCCCAGGAAUCUACUGGGUUCUCCCCCUUUGAGUUGCUAUAUGGGAGAAGGGUCCGCGGACCCCUAGAUCUCAUUAGAGGCCACUGGGAGGGGGAGACAGAGCAGGAAGGGACCCCCAUAGUACCAUAUGUUCUGGAACUCCGGGACCGCAUGGAGAAACUGUCCCUAAUGGUAAGGGAGAAUCUCCAGGUGGCUCAGGGGAGACAGAAGAGGUGGUAUGAUCGGGGUGCCCGACAGCGAGUCUUCCAGGUUGGGCAGAAAGUGUUAGUGCUCAAACCUGUGAAGGCGAACAAGAUGCAGGCAUCUUGGCAGGGCCCGUAUAAGGUGUUAGCACAGAUAUGCGAUACUACCUACCUUAUAGCCAGCUGUUCAGAUGAAAGGAUCCAGCGAUCCUUCCAUGUGAACAUGCUAAAGGAGUAUCAGGAGAGACCAGAGAAUGUCGCUGCAGUAUGUGCCCCUGCUGCAGAUGAUACAGAAAGUUUACCUUUGCCAGACCUGUUAGAGAGGGAUCCCCAGACGGAUCUUACUAGCCUAGUACAGCUAGGGGACAGAUUGAGCGCUACCGAGAAGGGCCAGGCAAGACAGCUUCUGUGGGAAAAGCAGGCGACCUUCUCCCAAGAACCUGGUUACACUACCCUAGCUGUACACAAGGUAGAAACCCCUGGACAGAACCCUCUGCGACAGCCCCCCUACCGUAUCCCUGAAGCAGUCCGGGAAGGAAUGCGGAAGGAGAUACAGGAAAUGACCCAGCUGGGGGUCAUCGAACACUCCGAUAGCCCUUGGGCCUCGCCUGUAGUCCUGGUGCCCAAGAAGGAUGGGACCACCCGGUUCUGUGUGGACUACAGGCGGCUCAAUGAGCGGACCACCACUGACGCCUACCCGAUGCCCCGGGUAGACGAAUUGCUAGAUCGCAUUGCCAGGGGACGCUAUCUGACCACCAUAGACCUGUGCAAAGGCUACUGGCAGAUUCCCCUGGCGAGGAUGCUAUCCCCAAGUCGGCCUUCGUCACCCCAUUUGGCCUGUACCAAUUUAAGGUCAUGCCAUUUGGGAUGAAGAAUGCCCCGCCUACCUUCCAGCGUAUGGUGGAUAGACUUCUUGAUGGAUUCCAGGAAUUUGCUUGUGCAUACCUGGAUGACAUUGCGAUCUACAGUGAGUCCUGGGAAGAACACCUAGUACAUGAGAUGCCAGAGCCAUAUCGUCACAACCUCCUUGUCCCCCUGUAGCAACACGUAUGUCUCCAACAUCAGCAACCACAAAUGAGCACCUUUUGUUGCUUGGGCUGGGCUGGACAGAGACAGUAAGAUCAAAAGGAUGGGGUGGAACCAGAGAGCUGUGUGUGUGGGAUAGGCAAUGUGUGUAUGUGCGUGGGAUAAGGUGUGUGUGAAUAGGGGAUAUAAUGUGUGUGUGUGUGCAGGGGAUAGAGGAAUGAAUUUGCCCCAUCCCUUCCCAUCGAGGCCACACCUCUUCCUAAAGAUUAACACUCAAAGACACACACUCACUCACAGACACACACAUACAUUCACUGACAGACACAGGCUGACAGAUAUACACACACACUCACUCACUCACUCACAGACACACACUGACAAGACUAACACACACUUUGACUAACAGACACACACUGACACAUACACACUCACUGAAAGGCACACACUCACAGAUACACUGAUUAUACACACUUACAUACACACACGCUCACUGAGUUGACACAACCUGACAGACACACACAAUCACUUAGAUACACACUGACAGACUCACUCAUUCACUCACUCACAAACACAGUGAGUGUGUGUUUCAGUGAGUGAGUGAGUAACAGACACGCACUGACAGAUAUACACACUCACUCACAGACACACACUGACAAACAGACACACACUCACUUACAGACACACAUUGACAGACAUACAAACACAUACACACACAUAUUUACUGACAGACAGGCACACAUUCACUGACAGACACAGACACAUACAAUCACUCAGACACAAACAUACUCCCUCAGACACUGACAGAUAUAAACACACACUCACUCACAGACACACACUGACAGAUAUGCACACUCACUUACUCACAGACACACACUAACAGACACACACACUGACAGACACAAACAUUCACUAACAGACACACUGACAGAUAUACACACACACUCACUGACAGGCACACUCAAUGACAGACACACGCUGACAGAGACACACACACACAUUCACUGACUGACACACACACACACAUAUUUUCCCCCAACACUCACAAAUAUUUUUUUAUUUUUUUUAUUUAAUAUAAAUCCACCCAGCCUCUCUACCUUUGGGAGAGUUGGUGGAUUUUUUUACCUGUGGGUCUAGUGGGGCUGCUGGGCUGGCUGUUGGCUGACUGUUGGCUGGGGUGUUGGGGCUGCUGGGCAGAAGGCAGGCGGACGGGCACGCGGGCGUGCUAAGCUAUUAGUCAGGGAGCCGUGAUCUCCCUGUUCAGCUCCCUACCUGGCUCCCGCAGAAUGAUGCAAGGAGCCAGAGUGACGUCAUAUUCCGGCAUCCGGCAUCACUGUGGUGCUCGUGUUUUGUGCCGCCCCCUGGAGAGUACCGCCAAAGGCAAAUGACUUGUCAGCCUUGCGGUAAAUACAUUACUGUAUGUAGGUGACAUUUGUGUGCGUGUACAAAAUAGGGGAUUUAGUGUGUGUGCAGUCAGUAGGAGAUUUGUGUGGGUAAAAGGGAUAUAGUGUGUGCAUUGCAGGCUUCCCUAAACUCUGGCCCUCUAGAAGUUGCUGAACUACAACUCCAUGAUUCUCAGCCUAUCUAUUUCAUUUAUAGAAUCAUGGGAGUUGUAGUUCAGCAACAUCUGGAGGGCCGGAGUUUGAGGAAGCCUAAUAUAGAGGAUAAGGGGUGUAGUGUGUGUCCAGGGGAUAUGAAAUGUAGUGUUUGUGUGUGUGUGAAGGGGGUUUAGUGGCUGAAGUGUUCAAGAGAGGGACAGGGGUAACACUUUGAAAUGUAAUUUUAGUGAAUAGUCUUGUAUAUAUUCUAAAUGAUGAUUCUGUCAACAGUAUGAGAAGCAGACCUCAAGCUUGUAUAAACUAUAAAUGUAUCUUCUGUGUGCUGAUUCAAUCUAUAGUGGGAGAAACAGGACAAAAAUAAAUUAAAGAUUUUAAUUUAAAGAACCUUAUUUACUAAUUUGUAUCUAUUAUUUAGCUUAAACCUAUAUUUACUAUCAUGUAAAUAUAAUAAGAAAAGUCAGGAACUAAAAAAACAGGUUCUCCACUGAAUAAUAUUUUAAAUCAUUAUGUUCUUAGCACUUAGCAUUGGUACUGGAGCUGUUUUUUUCUUGAGUUAUCUUCUUCUUGGUUACCAGAAUAAACACAAUGUGUUGAGCGUCUAUUACUGAACUUUUUGAUUUUCUCUCAAUAGCUUCAAAAGAUUCAUUUGUGUAACCUUCAUCAGUUAGAGCCUGGCGUAAAAAAGGUUAAUUUGUUGUCAAAACGUGGCACCUGUGUUCACCAACCUGACAAAAAGUGGCAUUUAAACCCUCAAAUAGUAUUAGGUGACCUCCAAGUUUCAGUAAAGAGGAGAAUUUUUUCAGGUGUUGGCGAUAGCUUUCAUGAUCUUUGCUCAUCACUUGUAACACCCCCGCAAUAAGCAGGCAGUCAGCUUUUGGUAGAAUCACAGGAUCUGUAAUAUUUUCCUUUUGCAAUGUCACAUUUCACAAUGUACUUAAAAGUCUUUUUUAGCAUGUGUUCUUGCUCCAGGGGGUGAACUCUGCAAAAUACAAAUAAAGCUUUGAUGAAACAAAGAGCCUUUCUGUUUAUAUAAUGUCACUUAAAGAUGGAAUAAGGAAGAAACAUAGAGGAAAAGUGUCUUAAUCUAGACGGACAAUUGUUAACUUCAACAUUCAAUUAUGCACCUUUACAAUGUUUCACUCAAAAGAUAACAUUUUGGUGUUUCUCAAGCAAGAAAUUGUUUAUAUAUUCAGCAUGUGUAUAGUUACGCAAUGCAAAAUGCAUAUAUUUGAUUGUAAGUUAAUUUAAUUAUAUGGAUUCUGGGAAGAGAUCACAAUAUCUAACCAAGGCUACAUUUCUUGCAAUAAUUGUCCAAAUCUCUGUAAAAUAAUAGAAUUACCCUAGCUUGGUCUGUUAAUAACAGCAGUUAACCAAGGAAGAAUUAAGUAGAUAAACUGAUCAGCCACAUCAUUCAAGGUUCUUAAUCAUUUUUAAUAGUUUUUAUUCACUUAUUAACAUGUAAGGAAGAUAUGUUAAUAUUUUUUAAGCUGUUCGGUAUACGAAUAGUGUUAUAACAUUAUUUCUUAUUGCCUGUUAAUAUGCAUUUUCUUUUCAUAUUACGUGGAGGAACAAAGUGGAUUUCCACCAAUAAGUACUGGAUUAUAAUUGAGAUUGCCUUUAGUAUCCUCACUACAUUCCCAUAUCAACAUGGCGCCAUCUGGCUCAACGGAAAUAAAGCGCACAUGCAGUGGUGCUACGUCACUUCUGGGUAAUAUACUAGGUACCCGCCCAUUGAGAAGAAGGAGGAUUCAGCUUCGGAAGUGACGCUGUAUGUUUUAGUACGUCACUUCCACUACGGACUAAUUGGAAGAAUAGGAAUCAGCUGAGAAGGAGAGCCCCCCCACCCCCCAUACUACUGGAGCUGAUUUGCUACAAACCCCUGAGAGCCCCCAAUGAAGAGAAAGACCACCAUAUUUAAAAUGGACAAACCCAGUAAGCAGACUGUACUGAUUGAUAAAUCCCUUUGAAAAGGAUAAAAUGCAUCUCGGAACAAGGAAGCCACGGUGGACACUUAUAUCUGCCUUGAUAUUGACUGGAUUGCACUAUCAUCCAAGUUGUGCAAAAGACUGAUAUAUUCCCAUUUAGUGUAGGUGGUUAAUUUUAACCACUUAACGCUCUACUCUUGAGGUUAAUUGCUUUUGGGCUUUUUCCACUUUUUUUCGGGGCAUGUUAUUGAGUGUUGUAGCGGCUUUCAAUUGAUAAUCACAAAUGUUUGAAGUGCCUUUAUCACACAGAUUAUUUGAUAUAUUUCUAUAUACCACUUGACUAAUAUCAUGUAAGUCCCCCUCGUGCUGCCUAAACUGCUCUGAUGCAAUGAGGCAUGGUCUCCACAAGUUGCGAUGUGGGGCCUCCAUGGAUCGGAUUUGUUGUUCGACAUAUUCUCAAUCAGAUUAAGAUCUGUGGAAUUUUGAGGUCAAGGAAACACAUUGAACUCUUUGUCAUGUUCCUUAAAACAUUCCUGAACAUGUUGUGGCAGGAUGCAUUAUCCUGCUGAAAGAAGCCACUGCCAUCAGGGAACACCAUUGCCAUGAAGGGUGCAAGAAUCUGCCCAUUUGAGUGGUCUGGGUGCAAACUCCCACUACCCUUAACCCUGCAAGUGUAAUUAUUGCAGUUUUCAUAAACUACAAUAAUUACCUUGCAGGGUUAAGUUCUUAGAACAUGAAAAGUGUUUUAACCCCUUAAGGACACAUGACAUGUGUGACAUGUCAUGAUUCCCUUUUAUUCCAGAAGUUUGGUCCUUAAGGGGUUAAGCGACGCUGAGAGGAAAUAGGGUAGCCAGGCAGCAACGUGGUCAAGGAAGAGAAGAGAGGAACUGGGGUGGAGAUAAAUAACAGCAAUGUUAGUAGAGAAGGGUUUGAAAAGGUGAAUUGAAUGUAUUUCAAAUGAUGGGAAAGAGAGGGAAAGGGGGGAUGGGUAGAGGUUUAAAGGAGCAGUGAGGGUAGAGGAGAAACCGUACACCACCACCUUUACAUUCAGAGUUUCUUGGGUUGUGGGUAAGUUGAAGACCACUGUAGGACAAAGAUGAAUGGGUAGCAGUGUCAGAGGGGGAGAGCCAGGUUUUUUGUUAAGGCUAGUAAAUCUAUUGAAUGAGAGAUGAAGAAGUCAUGGACAGCAGUGGAUUUAGUAAUAUUGCAAACAGAGCAUGCGUUCCAGAGGUCAGUGUUGAAGAAGGAUUUAGAGGAACAUGAGAUGGGUAUGAGAUUAGAUUGGAUCAUUGGGUUAGUAUGUUGUGAGUUUGCUGAGAUUGGACCAGGGUUUGGAGAGACAUCACCAGCUGCUAGAAGCAGAAUGAUAGAAAGGAAGUGAAAGUGGGAGUAGGAUUUGAAAGUUUUGUAGGAGGGUAUUUAUGUAGAGGAUUUGGGAUGAGUUGGUGGAGAUAGGCGGGAAAGGUAUGUGCAGAAUGCAUGGGCUGAAUAGAGAGGGGAGGGUAGUAGGGUGGAAGUAAUGAAGAUGGUGUUGCAAUUAACAGGUGAGCAAAAGGAUAGGGAUAUUUUAGUAAUGAGAGAAGUUAGUGUUAAAGUGAAAAAUAGAAGUGAGAACAUUAGAGAAAAUGUGUAUUAUAUAGAUAUGUAGGUUUUAUAUAUAUAUAUAUAUAUAUAUAUAUAUAUUCCUACACUCACACUUGAAGUAUCCCUUAAAGAUCGGGUGCUAGCAUGCCAUGGCUAGUUUUAUGUAUCCAUCCAAAAUAGGCAGGAGCACUCACUUGUUAAAAGUCCAAAAUUUAUUAGAACAUCUUUAAAAAACGAUCAACAUUUCAGUCCUGCAUAGAGGACUUUCAUCAGGAUCAAAGGUCUUUCAGAUCCUGAUGAAAGUCCUCUACGCAGGACUGAAACAUUGAUCAUUUUUUUUUAAAGAUGUUCUAAUAAAUUUUGGACUUUUAACAAGUGAGUGCUCCUGCCUAUUUUGGAUGAAUAUAUAUAUAUAUAUGCGCACAUAUAUAAAUCAUAUACAUAGCUACACACACACAAAUAUCAAUGAGUGUUUAAAGCAGUGUUUCCCAACCCAGUCCUCAAGGCACACCUACCAGUCCAGGAUUUAGGGAUUACCCAGUUGUGUCUAAGGUGUUUUUACAAAGAAGAAAAAAACACCUUAGACACAACUGGGUAAUCCCUAAAUCCUGGACUGGUAGGUGUGCCUUGAGGACUGGGUUGGGAAACACUGGUUUAAAGAAUGCAGUAUGUUAACAGAGGAUUUCAGAUGAGGAGAGGUUUAGUGACUUGAUUGGUGUGUUUUGGAAACCAGCUGCUCUGCACUAUCUAUAAGUAAGGUAAUGACCAUGGGGGUGGGGAUGGAGGGCAAUCUUCCAGAGAUGAUACAACUGCUCAGAAGAUUCUGCAGGACUUGGUUGCUUGGGAGUGCUGGGUGUUAAUACUGUUUUAAGGGGCCCAGUCUGAAAUAUAAGUCUGAGGUCUGAGGUCUGAGGUUAGAAAGAAAAAAAAAAAGAAAUAAAACACUAUUAGGGGUGGGGAGACAUGGGGCUAUUGGGGCAAUUAAUUAGAGAUGAAAAACCAGAGGAGUGAUCAUUUGAGAUAAAAAGAUAUGAAGGAUCAGAUAGGUGAAAAUCAUAAACCAUGAUUAAUUUUUUGAUUUUUUGGAACAAGAAGUCUGAUUCCAAGCAGUCUUUUGUUUUGCAAAUAGUUGCCAUUCAUUUGGUUAAUAAAACUGAGAAUAAAGUGGAAAUGUAGCAAACGUUAAUAAUUAAUAAUAUAAAAGGGAAAUAUUGUUUUUAAAGAUAAUUUUUAAAUAUACUUUCUAAUUCCAAAGAAUAUAAUGGAAAACAUGUAUUCCUUUCCUAACUUCCUAACAUUGUAGAAUCAUAUUAAUGAUUUAGAUGUUAAUUCUCUGAGGUUUAAAAAGGAGAAUCACUUAUCGUAUAUCCCACAGCACGCAGGUUUCUUAUAUGUACGUAGUGGGAAUCACGAUGCAUCCUAGCACAAAUCUAAACCCAUUUACCCCCCCCAAUAACGACAGACCACUUAGUAUGGAUGAACAGGCCACAGCAUUUACUAUCACAAACUAAAUUACUGCAUAACACAUCCAUAACUUUAUUUAUUAAAUCUCUUCUUUCUGUAACCAAAACGUUAGACAUAAAUAAGCAUAAAUUAACAUAUAUACAUAUAUAACUCCACCCAUAGUGUUAUACAGUGACCCAACCGUCCUUGCCAAUAAACAUACAGUGGUUCCUAAUCACCACUUCCUCUCACCUCCCCCCCGUCAUAAAAAUCAUAUAUUUCCAAUGCCCGCCAUCAGCCGACCUUAUCCACGCUCGAUGGGCACGACACCUCAGGCAACCUAAUGUUUAACCUUUUGAAGCAGGGGUGGUUGAGACCUAAAAAAACUUGUUCAUCUCAUUCCAUAUACUUAAACGUAACCUCUCAAACUCAAUUGGCAAGGACAUACCCCCGCCACAACCCUGCUGCUUUACACCUAAAAUCCGCGGGGGACCCCACCAUAACCAGCCAUGGCCUGUUCCACCACUUUUUGCAGCGCUAGAUUAACAUAGGCCUAGUCCGACCUCCAGCAAGUGCACCCAUCCCCUCGAGAUAACCAGGCCACAUCUGGCCCAACCCUAAAGGCGAACCGGAAAUCCCCCAAGACCCCACAACAAACCUAGAAAUCCAUCUAGUCCGAUUUCGACGGCAGCGCACCAGGGCACUCACAUUGCUGAGCGCACUGCCAGCAGGAACGGGCGAUAGCCUCAGGCCAGCCCCUGAGAACCUCUGGGAAGACACAGAAUGCGUAACAUGACCAGAUUGAAGAGCACCCAAAUCCCAAACCGUAACCGAACCCAGGUCAUUCCACCCAGAGAUGACAAAAACCCCUGGUACCCCCAGGAGGAGGGACAGCUGACCCCGUACGAGGAGGAGACACACCUCCAUCAUGUACUGGUGCCAGACCACCGAACCUCCAAUCCCAAAGGCGUAAGAUCCAACCACUCACCCCCCCGCCUCCUGGCCCAAAUUACAUGAGCAUCCCACCAUCCCUAUUCUGGGGGGGGAGACCGUAACCGAGGAGAGAAAUUCAUUCGGAGACCGGCAGGGUGAACAUAAGGAACUAAUCAUUCGAGCCCUCUGAACCAUUGGCGCAGGCACGCCGAGCCUGGCGGCGUCUGUAGCCGCCCCUAACCGGAAUGAAUGCCCCUUGAACUCCCCACCAUCAUUAUCCAGGAAUUCGAGCCCCAAGUGGAAUACCCCCACAAAUGGACGUAGGAGAGAAAACCCGUCUCAGAGAACCAAACAGGGAGUGAGUAAGGCAAAUAAUCCAGGGGACGGAAUGGCACUCACCUAAGGAAAACAGGACAAAUGACGGAACCCAGCACCGCCCCUGAUCGGAACGGCAUAAUCCAAACUAUCCUGGGAACCAAGUACAUCAUGUUAGGAGCCUAACUAUUACCCUGUGCACUCCAUCUACCUCAGGAAAAUGCGGAAGGGCCAGGUUAUGUCAACGCCGCAACGUCCAAGAAAUGAACAGAUUCCAUUAAUGAAUCAGCCAACCGCUACCAACUCACCCUCCCCAAAGUCUACAGCCGUCGAGCGGUGA